AUGGCGUCCUCUGCAUCCACUUCAUGUUUCUCCGCGUGCGUUCUCUUGGCUAUUGCCAUCUUUUUGGUUCCGAAAGUGGCCAGCCAGAGCUGCGGCGUGCUGCUCGACCAAAGCGGCGGGGAGGCCCAAGGCGUGGCCGGCCUCAACGCGAGCGUGGUGGCCUUCAAGAUUCAGCUCAAGACCAGCUACAUCACCCUCGACAACAUCACCAUCACCUUUAACCACACCCUCACCGACACCAAUCAUCCUACGCAGGUCAGGGUGGUGCAAGACUCGAGUGGCAUGCCCAGCGGGAACCAGUCCUACUCGCAGAGCAUCAGCUACUCGGGCACCCAAGCCGUCUACCUCAUGGAGGGCCUCUACAUGAGCAGCACCUUCGCCUACUGGAUCGUGAUCGGGGCCACCGCCGGACCCGCACUCGACUCGUCGCAGUGGCUCUUCGUGCCGUGGACCGUCGCGCCCGCCGGGUCGGCCCUCACCAUCUACAGCAACUACGCACUGUCGCCCAGCUACGCGCCCGUGGCUGCAAGCCUCGUGCCGCCGGUGGUCUUCGCCGGCUGCGCGGCAAGCAUGAGCCCGAGCCCGCAAAGAUCCAGUGCGCCGGGAGCCACCUUGUCGACGACGCCGACGCCGACGGCGUCCCCCGAGCCGUCUGGACCGCCGGGGCCGUCGCCCACUUCCCUGCCGUCGUCGUCGCCCAGCGGCCUGCCGGCGUUGGUGGGCGUGACCAACAUGACGGCCAAUUUCGACGACGCGAUCGCCACCUUCAACAUGUCCGGCGCCGUGCCUCUCGGCACCAACUCGACGGCCCCCAAGAAUGCCGCCAACGUAGUGUCGACGUUCAGCGGCCUCCAGCUCGGCAACGUCUCUGUGCCCGCCGCUUCGCUUUCUAAUUUGGCCCGCACGGUGUUGAACGGGAGCUCGGCCGAUGCGACCUACGUCUACUCGGCCUCGAUUGGAGACAACAACGCGACGCGCUUCGACCAGUCCUUCACCUUCUACGACCGCGACGCCAACGCCAGAUUCGCCGGCGUCUCCUUUGUCAUCCCGGCCAACUCGGUCAAGUGGUCCAUCAACUUCACCGUCGACGACACCGGCGGCAGCGGCGGCUCGUCGCCGCCCUCGCACGCCACGCAGUGGUCGACGGUGCGCUACAGACUGGCCGGUCUGCUGCUGACGUCAUCAGCCAACGGCACGACGUCGGAGCUGUCGACCUCGACCGACCAACCGAUCACCAGCCGGGCCGACACGCCCGCCCCGGGGCUCACCACCUACUACGUGCCGCUCUUCAAGAAGACUGAGUCGACCACCGUCGUCGUGGCCGCUGUGGUGCUCUUCGACGUGGCCCUGGUCGACCGCGCUGCGGCUGACAUCCGCCACCGCAUCGUCGCCGUCGCCGUCAACACGACGACGAUAGAGUACGAGGUGGUGUUUGAGUUCCCGCCGUUCAAUGAGUCGUUGUUCUACGACCCGAGCCUGGGGCUCGGCGUGCUGCUGGGCGCCGACCGCGACGGCUCGGGCGGCGUGGGCGGCGGCGGCAGCGACAACACGGGACUGAUCGUGGGCGUGGCGGUGGCGAUCCCUGUGGCGGUGGUUGUGGUGGUGGCGGUGAUUGCGGCCGGGCUCUACGUGGCCUGGCGGCGACGGAGCAACACGAUCGACAGCGGCCGCGCCAUCAACUUCUCAGUGGCUGACCAGGGUGAUGAUGACUACGAGCUGUGA